GCGGCCCGCAGCGUGCCCGGAGCCCGGCCCCGACCCCGACCCGCUCCCCCCGCCCCGGCCCCGGGGCUCAGAAGUUUACUUCAGAUGGCAGAGAAAACCCGCAGAGCCCCGCAGGAUGUCCUGGGCUCUUCUCCUGGUGAAAAUGAAUUCCCUUUCGGAUAUCCCACUAGCAUCUGUGAGGAUGUGCCUGAUCAGAAGUACCUGUGCAGCAACUGCAAUAACAUCCUGAAGAAAGCCCUGCAGACGCUCUGUGGGCACAGGUACUGCUCUGCCUGCCUCUCCUGGAUUGUACGAAACAAUAAAAAUGCCAUUUGCCAGAAAUGUAAAGAGGAAGAUCCCAACACUCCAAGUGAGGAAAGCUUAUUGACAGAAGAAAGGGCUUUUGGUGAUGCUGCCAUUAAUAAAGAGAUUUCUGAACUCAAAGUACACUGUGUGACCCUUGGAUGCAGCUGGUCUGGUAUCAUGAGAAACUUUGAGGAGCAUCAGAGCUUAUGUGAAUAUGCCUUAAUUCCAUGUCACACUGGCUGUGGACACGUGGUGAUGAGGAAGAAACUUGCAGACCAUUUGGAAAACGGGUGUGUUAAUAACGUGACAGUGUGUCAGAAGUGCAAGAGGAGCUUGUCCAGCACUGAAUAUCAAGAACAUUCAUGUGAAGGCAGUUUCUGUAAGGAACAUAAACAUAUGCAAACAGAAACACCAUCAAAGGAAAAGAACCACUCUACACCUUUAAUCAACAAGGAUGGCUGUCGCUUCUCUGAGGUUGGCUGUUCCUUCAGGGGGAGCAAAGAGAAGAGAAAGGAGCAUGAAAAAACUGCAGUUGGGGCCCACAUGCUGCUUCUGCUGCAGCACAUAAAGCAACUGAAGGCAAGCUUGUGCGCUGCUGCCAAAGCUGCAAAUGGUUCCAUCCCACAGCCAGAGCUGAGUGUGAAUGGUGCAGGAGAAACCAUCUCUGACCUGCAGAGCCCAGGGGAGCUGGAAACCAAUGGGGAUCUGGAAGCAGACUGUUUUCCUGGACCUUCUGUUUCCGAGGAUGAAUCUGUUCUGGAGCAACUUGUGAGGGAGAAAGUGAUUUCUGAGCUAGAAAAUAAGCUCCAUGUGUUUGAGAAUAUUGUGUCAGUGCUGAAUAAAGAGGUGGAGACCUCUAACUUGGAAAUCACAGCCUUUCGGAGACAGAGCGAACUCGAUCAAAAUAUCAUACGAGGGCUUGAACUGAAGAUUGCAGAGCUGCAGCGGUGCCUGGUGCAGAAGGAUGCAGGCCUGAGCAGCCUUCAUAAGAGUCUCCUGUUCUCUGAGCAAGCUUCCUAUGAUGGGGUCUUUCUGUGGAAAAUAACAGACAUUGGCAGGAAGUUACAAGACUCAGUGACUGGAAGAACAGUCAGUUUGUACUCACCAGCUUUCUACACUGCAAAGUAUGGCUACAAGGUCUGUCUGAGGGUUUAUCUGAAUGGGGAUGGGACAGGAAAAGGAAGCCACGUGUCCCUGUUCUUUGUUGUCAUGAAAGGAGACUAUGAUGCUUUGCUUCCGUGGCCUUUCAGGCACAAGGUCACAUUUAUGUUGCUUGACCAAAAUAACAGGGAACACGUUAUCGAUGCCUUUCGCCCAGACUUGGCUUCUGCUUCAUUUCAGAGACCAGUGAACGACAUGAACGUGGCCAGUGGCUGCCCCUUGUUCCUCCCUUUGUCCAAGUUGCAGUCACCUAAAUAUGCCUAUGUGAAAGAAGAUACACUUUUCCUUAAAUGCAUCAUAGAAACAAAUUAGUAGAUCUGGAAAUGUGGCAUCUGCUGAAUC